GGGGGCAGGAAGAGGCCGCUGCUCACCCCGCUCUGCAACGGGCUGCUCAACUCCUACGAGGACAAGAGCAACGACUUUGUGUGUCCCAUCUGCUUUGAUAUGAUUGAAGAAGCCUACAUGACAAAAUGUGGACACAGCUUCUGCUACAAAUGUAUUCACCAGAGCUUGGAAGACAACAACAGAUGUCCCAAAUGUAAUUAUGUUGUGGACAACAUAGAUCAUCUUUAUCCCAACUUCUUAGUUAAUGAACUUAUUCUUAAACAAAAACAGAGAUCUGAGGAGAAACGAUUCAAACUGGACCAUUCAGUGAGUAGCACCAAUGGCCACAGGUGGCAGAUAAUUCAAGAUUUGUUGGGAACUGAUCAAGACAAUCUUGACUUGGCUAAUGUCAACCUGAUGCUGGAGCUGCUGGUACAAAAGAAGAAGCAAUUAGAAGCAGAGUCCCAUGCUGCCCAGCUGCAGAUCCUUAUGGAAUUUCUCAAAGUUGCCAGAAGAAACAAACGAGAGCAACUGGAGCAGAUCCAGAAGGAGCUAAGUGUUCUGGAAGAAGAUAUUAAACGAGUAGAGGAAAUGAGUGGCUUGUACUCCCCAGUCAGUGAAGACAGUACGGUGCCACAGUUUGAAGCUCCCUCACCUUCGCACAGUAGUAUUAUUGACUCCACGGAGUACAGCCAGCCUCCAGGCUUCAGUGGCAGUUCUCAGGCCAAAAAGCAGCCAUGGUAUAACAGCACGCUAGCCUCGCGACGGAAGCGGCUCACAGCUCACUUUGAGGACCUAGAGCAGUGCUAUUUUUCCACAAGGAUGACACGUGUCUCAGAUGACAGCAGAACCACAAGCCAGCUGGAUGAAUUUCAGGAGUGUCUGUCCAAGUUCACACGCUACAAUUCUGUCCGACCCCUGGCAACGCUGUCCUACGCUAGUGACCUCUACAAUGGCUCCAGCAUAGUCUCCAGUAUUGAGUUUGACCGGGACUGUGACUACUUUGCCAUCGCUGGGGUGACAAAGAAGAUUAAAGUCUAUGAAUAUGGUACAGUCAUUCAGGAUGCAGUGGAUAUUCACUACCCUGAGAAUGAAAUGACCUGUAAUUCCAAAAUCAGCUGUAUCAGCUGGAGUAGUUACCACAAGAACCUGCUAGCCAGCAGCGACUAUGAAGGCACAGUCAUCCUAUGGGAUGGGUUCACGGGACAAAGAUCCAAGGUCUACCAGGAGCAUGAGAAAAGGUGCUGGAGUGUUGACUUCAACUUGAUGGACCCAAAGCUAUUAGCUUCAGGCUCUGAUGAUGCAAAAGUGAAGCUGUGGUCUACCAAUUUGGACAACUCCGUAGCAAGCAUUGAAGCCAAGGCAAACGUGUGUUGUGUCAAAUUCAGCCCCUCUUCUAGAUACCACCUAGCCUUUGGCUGUGCAGAUCACUGUGUCCACUAUUAUGAUCUUCGCAACACUAAGCAACCCAUCAUGGUGUUCAAAGGGCAUCGCAAGGCAGUCUCCUAUGCAAAGUUUGUGAGUGGGGAGGAAAUAGUCUCUGCGUCAACAGACAGUCAGCUGAAGCUGUGGAACGUAGGGAAACCUCACUGCUUGCGCUCCUUCAAGGGCCACAUCAAUGAGAAGAAUUUUGUAGGGCUGGCGUCCAACGGAGACUACAUCGCCUGUGGAAGUGAAAAUAAUUCCCUUUACCUAUACUAUAAAGGCCUCUCAAAGACACUCCUGACAUUCAAGUUUGAUACGGUCAAGAGCGUCCUGGACAAGGACCGGAAAGAAGAUGACACAAAUGAAUUUGUGAGUGCUGUCUGCUGGAGGGCACUACCAGAUGGGGAGUCCAACGUGCUAAUUGCUGCUAACAGUCAGGGUACAAUUAAGGUACUGGAGCUGGUAUGAAGGCUUUUCUCAAGGCUUGAGGUACUUGGUCCUGCUGAUAUGCUGCAGUGUUCAUCUGGGAUCUUCAGUAGGACAAGAAACCGAAACCACCUUGAUAUUCCUCCCCAAAACCACCAUGUUUGUUUGUUUGUUUUCCCAUAUAUGGACUUUCAAGGACAUUUUUGAGAUGCUGGGAACACCGGUGAACUGUCUGCCAUCAACAUUAACUCCACAGACUUUGCUGCUGCUGGUGGUGGUAUGGUUGUCUAAUUUUUAUGAUAGGAAAACAAAUUCUUUUAAAUAAAAACAAAAAGGAAUAAUAAAAUUUAUUGAGCCACAA